UUCCCUCUCCGCGCGUACCUCAUCAUCGUGUUCGGCGAUAUUCCAGCCAUUUCUAUGAUCAUGCGGAUGAAAGGCCAUAAUGGACUUUCGCCAUGUCGAUUCUGUCAUAUCCAUGGCCUCAGGAUACCAGGCUCGCGUGCCACAACGAACUACGUCCCGCUGUCACGGAAGCGGCACCCCGAUGUUAUAUCGGAUCCAGACGCCAUCAAAGUAUACCAGCCGGAGGACCUUCCACUGCGCUCGCAUGACGAGUUUUUGAACCAGGAGGAAGCAGUUGAGAGAGCAUCAACCGAAGCAGAACGCGAGCGACUGGCGAAGACCUCGGGUAUCAAAGGUGUUCCACUCCUAAGCUGCCUCGCCUCGCUCUCCUUUCCAGCAUCUUUUCCCUAUGAUUUCAUGCAUCUGAUCUGGGAGAAUGUCAUCAAGAAUCUUAUUCUCCUAUGGACCGGCGAGUACAAGGACCUUGACACGGGCUCCGAGGACUAUAAGCUCGACAAGAAAAUCUGGGAUGCGAUCGGGGAAGCUACUGCAGCAUCCGGCAGUACUAUACCUUCUGCAUAUGGUCCACGUCAACCGAACAUUGCGCAAGACAGGUCAGGGUGCACGGCUGAUUCCUGGUCUUUCUGGACGCUAUAUAUAGGGCCCGUUCUUCUCAAUCGGCGCUUCAAGCAUGAGAAAUAUUACCGACAUUUUAUCGACUUGGUUUCUCUCCUUGACCUGUGCCUCUCGUUCGAGUAUUCUGACGAGGAUAUCAAGGCUAUCGAUGAUGGCUUUAUUGCUUGGGUGCAGAUGUACGAGAGGUGA